UAGGUGAGCUACGAGCGGUCGGGUUGAGCUGGAGUGAAGCCAGACGGCGAGCUGAAGAUAGAAAGGCGUGGCGUGAGCUUGUGAAGGCCCUUUGCACUUAUGGGGUGCCUUAGGACAACAACGAUAUCAGAAAUAGGUACACGCUGUAUAAGGUUGUUUAACUCGAUGUUUACAAAACAUCACUAAACUUGAUUUAAUGACGGUUUUCCUGUAUCGUCCGGAACUGCUAAUUUGGAGACGUGUAAAUGAACAUUAUAACGGCGUUUGAAACGAUUUUAGUGCUUGAUUUAUACAUUCUGUGUAAUAAUGAAGAUUAUCAACUUUUUCCAGGUACAAGCAAAACAAAAGAUUAGCGGCGAGUCAUUUGGAGGUAUUUAUGAAAAUGAAUUAGACGUACAAACGAACGAUACAGUUGUUUCUUUGGAGUAUGACACAGAAGUGCUUAGGGCAGCGGAAUUUGAAAGACCAGAUAAUAUGGUAUUAACGAACGAAAAUGUUGUUUCAUUAGACUAUGACACAAUAAUGAAUAGUCUGUUGGAAUCGAGGAAAGAUAAUAUCGUAAAAACUAAAGAAAAAGCUGCAAAAAGAAAGAGAAAAAAGAAAAAGUAUAACCCAGUUCCUAGACAAAUAAAAUCUAAAAGAAGAAAUAAUAUUGUUAAGACGAACGACAGAGUAGUUUCGUUGGAGUAUGCCACAAGAAGACCAAACAAUAGAGCCAUAACAAACGAAUAUGUAACAAAAGUGACUAGUAUAGCGGAAUCUAAAAGAAGCCAAAAUGUCGACGAAACGAAUGAAAAUGUUGUUUCAUUAGAGUAUGACAAAAGAGUGCGUAGGCCGGUGAAAUCAAGAAGCAAAGAUAAUGUCGUUAAAACAAAUGAUAUAGUUGUCUCGUCGGAGUUUGACGCAAGAUCGAAUGAGCUGACAGAAUCAAGAAGAGAUAAUAUCGUAGAAACAAAUGAGAAUAGAGAUACGAGAGAACCCAAAUCGGUGAAAUAUAGAAGAGGCAAAAUACAACAACAUGACAAAUCGAGAAAUAUCGAGAAAAGAAAACCGAGAAAAAAGAUGAUUAAGUCUGCGGAUUAUGUGAAAAGAAGGAAACUAUUUGAUAUUGUUGUACAUAUUAAAGCAUAGAAAAUGUUGAA